AAAAGUUGUACAUGGAGUCUUUACGAGGAUCGGAUUAUUCAAAGUAAUUUUAAGAAGACGGCAUCUUCUCUAUUGUCAUGCAUGUUUUCUAAAGCUCGAAGUAACGGACGGCGGCCUGGAUGGCUUGGGUCAUAUUAUUGGGAUUGUAUACUGGCAGUCUCCGGAAUUUCAAAACAAGAGCAACCAGACAAAGGCAGCUCGAAAGUCCAAGAAGGGUGGCUCAUUGCACACGUGUGGUUCGGUGUCUAUGGGGACAGCUAAGAGGAAAUUGAAUCGAUAUAUUCAAGCAAUUGAAGAGCUAAAAAAGAAUCGGCCGAUAGAUGAUCAAGGCAAUCCAAUCAUGCUAUCAGAGGAGGAAACUCUCUCCUGCUGGCUGGAUGUAGUUGGUGGCGUGUAUAAGGGAAGGGCAUACGGUCUUUGCUCCGAGAAGAACUUUCAUCGCCUUCAGUGUGGAUUGCAAUGCAAAGUAUAGGGGGCUCUGCCACCAUGCUAGAUGAGCAGCUUGAGGAGACGCAACAGGAAGUUCGAGAGCUUGCUAGGAAAUACGAGGAGGAAUGAAAAAGAAGGAUGGAUGAGGAGCGACGUAGCACGACACUUGAGUCAGACGUCCAAGAACUCAAGGCUCAAGUAAAUACGUUAAUCAAGCUUCCUCGUUCUCCGCCCCCUAGCUCUGAUGAUGAUGGCGAAGAGGAUGAGGAUGAGGAUGAUGGAGAGGAUGAAAUGGAUUAUUAGGUAGUGUUUUAGUUUUGGAUUCUGAUAAUUUGGAGAGUUUGAAACAAUGUAUUUUGCUACUUGUUUGCAUACUUUUUUUAUACUUGUUUGGAUAUUAUUUAAGUUGGAUGAAUAUGUGUGAAGUUUGGUUGCUUAAUUUUAAUGUUUGAAUUGUUUCGGAAGCA